CGAAUUUCAGUUCCGGUCGGAGAUUAUAGAGUCGCUGCGAAUUCUCUCCAAUUCUCUCCUCAUUUCUGGAGCUUUCCAUACUCCGCACCGGCAAGGCUAGCUUGGCAAGUAAUCCCGAGUCACUGUUCGGCGUGUGCAUGAAAAGAGAGCUGUGAAUUUUUUUCAUCGUGAUUUCACGAGAGGCGAAUUGCAAAUCAUGGAUAAGGUAUCCGAGUUGAAGGAGAAAGGUAACGCAGCUUUGCAGGAAGGCAAAUUCGACGAUGCAAUUAAAUAUUAUACCGAGGCAAUAGCCCUGGAUAAUGCUAACCAUGUGUUGUAUAGUAAUCGGUCUGCCGCAUAUGCUAAAUCUAAACAAUACCAAUUGGCGUUAGAAGAUGCCGAAAAAACUAUACUGCUGAAACCAGACUGGGCGAAAGGAUAUUCUCGAAAAGGCAGUGCCCUGGUAUAUCUCGGGAAACUCGACGAUUCGAUCAAGGCAUUCGAAACAAGCCUUCAGUUAGAUCCAAGUAAUAUCCAAACCAAGGAAUACUUGGAGGAGCUGAAGACAGAAAUGAACAUGGGUAAUCCUUUCAAUACUCCAGAUUUGUUCAUUAAACUUAGAAAUAACCAUAUGACCAAGAAGUACCUCGAUGAUCCAGAAUUUAUAAAAUUGAUACAAGAGCUUCGUAAUGAUCCUAGUCUGAUGACAACAAAACUACACGAUAAAAGAAUACUAAUAGCGAUUAGUGUGCUUAUGGGUUUUAAUGUCGAUGUAGAGGAACAAAUGGAUGUCGAUCCUCCGCAGUCCCGUGAACCUCCGAAAUCGAAAGCUGAGCCUAAGCCUGAGAAGAUGGAAGAGGACAAUCUUCCUCCAGAGAAGAGAGAGGCGACGAAUGAAAAGAAGUUGGGUAACGAAGCAUACAAGAAGAGAAACUUUGAGGUAGCGCUUCAACAUUACAACAAAGCUGUAGAAUUAGAUCCCACAGAGAUUACGUAUCUAUUAAAUAUCGCGGCUGUAUAUUUCGAGCAAAAGGAAUAUGAGAAAUGUAUCGCACAGUGUGAGAAAGCAAUUGAAGUUGGCCGAGAAAAUCGUGCAGACUUUAAAAUCAUAGCUAAAGCAUUUACAAGAAUUGGUCAUUCGUAUAAAAAAAUGGAAAACUGGAAACAGGCCAAAGUGUACUACGAGAAGUCAAUGUCUGAACAUCGAACGCCAGAAAUUAAGACAUUGCUGUCAGACAUUGAUAAAAUAAUGAAAGAAGAAGAGCGUAAGGCAUACAUCGAUCCAGUAAAGGCUGAAGAGGAGAAAGAACUGGGAAACCAGAAAUUUAAAGCUGGUGACUAUGCCGAAGCUGUUAAACAUUAUUCCGAAGCCAUUAGAAGAAACCCCGAUGAUCCCAAAUAUUAUAGUAACCGGGCAGCUUGUUACACAAAACUCGCUGCAUUUGAUCUAGGCUUAAAAGACUGUGAUAAAUGCGUUGAAAUAGACCCGAAAUUUAUCAAAGGCUGGAUCCGAAAAGGGAAAAUUCUUCAAGGUAUGCAACAGUACGCAAAAGCUUUGUCAGCGUAUCAAAAGGCACUGGAUUUGGAUCCUACGAACACAGAAGCAGUGGAAGGGUAUAGGUCCUGUGCGGUCUCAUUGAGUUCUAAUCCGGAGGAGGUGAGAAAGCGUGCUAUGACAGACCCAGAAGUUCAGAGCAUCCUUCGAGACCCAGCAAUGAGACUGAUAUUGGAACAGAUGCAGAGCGAUCCAAAGGCUUUGCAAGACCAUCUAAAGAAUCCGGACAUCGCUGCGAAGCUACAGAAACUCUUGGAGGCUGGGUUAAUCGCUAUUCAUUGAGAGUAACGUCGUUCUAACAUGCAUCAUUGGAUGCAUGUGUAUAGUUCUAGUACAUAACAUUCUCACGCUGCUGGGUUCCUUAAUCAAAGAACAGCUUCAACCUCGGUCGACAAUGCGUUCGUGCAGAUGUUUCGAUUGCACUUAAAGCGUACAGUUGAAGGAAGACUUUUACACUUCCCUUGAGUGCAUUAUAUUUUUUCAUGGUUAUGUUAAAGAUUUUAAUUAGUGUUCUGCAUUCUGGACAAAAGCCCUGAGUUAACGAGUCAAGGAAUUUCUCUCUCCGUGUGACAUCUGAUGUAUGCUCUGUGAGUUUGUAGGUAAGAUGUCGCUUCGCUCUUCUGCAGUUCUGUAAUGCGGAUGCGUCCAUAUCGGGUGUGCAAAAUAUUACUAAAUAAAUUACAUAUAAUGUACACUAA